AUAUAUGCUGACAACUGAAGGAGGCUAUUUCUGAGGAGAUUUACCGUAAAAAAAAAAAAAAAAAAAAAAAAAAAAAAAAACUCAGAUGUGAGGGUGGAUGUUUGAUAUUUCCCGACAAGACUUACUCUGUCAGCACAGCUGAUGUUGUGCAGUGAAAUGCCUUUUUAACUAGACCUCGUCAUCUAAACUUGACGCCGGUGAUGCUUCAGGUUGUGGAAGAAAGGAUGUAGAUGUGUCUGGGCAGCGUGGACGCGUUGGCAGCUCACUUUACGCACGACGUGCCAAGCUGUGGUGCGCGUCUCAUGUGGCUAAUUUGUGAAGGGCUGACACAUUUCCCUAAUUUUAGAUACUAGUUAUGACAGCUAAUCUUGGAAUAUCAUCUGUGUCUUUGUUGUUAAAUGAACGGACGGAUUUAAACCAACGACCGCAAUGCCCAAAUGCGCAACAAGUUAUUUGAUACUUGGUUUAUUGUGGAGCUUUCACAGGAUCCAGACUACAGAGGCUGUCAAGUGCGCCGUCAACUUUACAGAAAUCAACGCCAACUCGGAUACUGUUGUUGUAAAACUAAGCACAACGGGCCAAGUCUGCAACUUUACAGUUUUCAAUCAAACCAGUCAGGCCGAUGUCACCAGCUGUGAUCCAUAUGGAGAGUUCAGUAACGUGUAUGUCUGCAAGAUCAGCGAUCUGGACCCCGGGACUUUGCACCAUUUAGCAGUGAUCUCCAAGAGGGAUGGAGAGAGGGCCAACAUAUCAGUGCGCACAGACCCCAUUAGCCCGGCUUGGCUGGACAUCCAGAUGGAUCAGGCUCAGGCCCAGUACAAGAGCGAAUCUCAGGUCCAGAGUGGUACCUCAGGCCUGCGGGCCUCUUGGCCACCUUCCCCUGGCCAUGUGGACUGGUAUGAUCUCACACUGGAGGACAGUAGCACUGGAUCCAGUCACAGUACACGAAUCAUGGGCACCGCCGCCACCCAGUCAGGCUUUAGUGCCCUCAUCGCUGGUACCCUGUACACUCUUAGUUUGGUGGCAAAAGCUGGGAACAAGAGUGCUCCGCCGGUCCAGGUCACUGCUGCUACAGCUCCUUCCUCCGUGAGCAGCCUCCAGGUGGCGCCCUUCUCUCCGAGCAGCCUCAAUGUGUCGUGGCAGGCCGGUGCAGGCAGGAGAGAACUGUUUAGGGUUCUGCUGAGGGACCAGGAGGGGGCGCUGGUGAGGAACAUCACCCUAAACAGUACCUUGACCUCCACCACGCUGGACGAGCUGCAGCCUGGGACGCGUUACACCGUCACUGUGGUGACAGAAGCCGUUGGCCUGCAGAGCUCGGUGUCCAAACAAGCUGUUACAGUCCCAGCGGCAGUGUCAAAUCUGAGGCUGGACAACAACGGCAGCUUGGAUACACUGAGGGCAACCUGGCUGCCACCCAAAGGCGGCGUGGGCGGCUACCUGGUGACCCUGUCGGCCCUGGGAUCUCCCACCCAGGAGCGCCGGCUGGCCUCCAACGCCACCCAGGUCCUCUUCCAGGGCCUGACCCCUGGGCGUAGCUACCAGCUGUCCAUCAGGACCAUGACUGGAGGCCAAAUCGCAGAGGCCAAGACAAGCACGAGGACAGUCCCUGACACGGUGUCUAGGCUCUCCAUGUCAGCCUUAAGUGGCGGCAGAACACUAAAGAUGACCUGGUCGCCCCCCAGAGGUGACUGGGAGAACUACAGCGUUCUGUUGUGGAAUGGUUCGGCGGUGCUGGUGAACCAGACCAUCAGUAAGCUGGCCAGACAGCACACCUUCUCCGGCCUCAGCCUGGUACCUGGCCGGCUCUACGGGGCAGAGGUCACGGUACACAGCGGCCCUCUGGGUAACACGGCGCACUGCCAGGGACGACUGGCCCCUCGACCUGUCCAGCAGCUUGUCGUCCGCCACAGCGAUGAAACCACCCUGAGCGUCAUGUGGAAUCGACCAGCAGGCGAGUGGGAGGGUUUCACCUUGCUCCUCAAACAGGUUGACCCUGUCAAGGUUAUAGCUCAGAGGAGCCUCCCCUGGGAGGCCAGAGAGUGCACCUUCAACAUCCUCACCCCGGGGCGCCUGUACACCGUCACCGUGAUGACCAACAGUGGGAACCUGACCAGCUUAGCCUCUGUGACUGGAUGGACCACUCCAGCUCAGGUGACCGAGCUGCAGGUUUCCAAUGGCGGCAGCAUCGACAGCCUCCAGACUCAGUGGGAACGUGCCCACGGGGAUCUAGACUCCUACCGCGUCCUGCUGGUUCACGACAGCAGUGUCAUCAAAAACGAGAGUGUGGCAGCCGACACCACCAGCCUGAGCUUCUUGGCACUCAGGCCCGGCGCCCUCUACAAGGUGGUGGUGACCACUGUCAGAGCUGGCCAGGCCUCCAGGCAGAACGUGGAAGAGGGACGCACCGUCCCAGCUGCAGUUCGUGAAGUAACAGUCAGUAACAACGGUCGGAUGGACUUCCUCAGCGUGUCGUGGCGUCCAGCGCCUGGUGACGUUGACAGCUACCUGGUCACCCUGAGGGACCGGGAGAAGACAGUGCACACUCUGGUUGUCUCCAAGUCCAGCCCGGAGUGUGUUUUCAGCUCGCUGGUGUCUGGACGCCUCUACAACAUCUCCAUCACCUCCCGCAGUGGCACCUAUGAAAACCACACCAUCGUCCAGGAGCGUACACAGCCGUCUCAAGUCCAAAACCCCACGGCGACCCACGCGGCUCGGGACGACUACCUGAGGGUGUACUGGCGCCAUGCUGCUGGUGACUUUGACUUCUACCAGGUGGUCAUCAAACACAACAACAUCUUCCACCAGAACAAGACGGUGGCCAAGACACAGAACGAGUGUGUGUUCAAUGGCCUGGUGCCCGGCAGGCUCUACACUGUGGUUGUCAGCACCUGGAGCGGCAACUACGAAACCAGCAUCUCCACCGAUGGCAGGACCCUCCCUGCAGCAGUCCGGUCCUUAGCUCUGGCGGGACGGGGCACAGAGGACCUUCGGGUGACGUGGUUGGCUGCUCCGGGAGAUGUGGACCACUACGAAGUGCAGCUGCUGUUCAACGAUAUGAAGGUGUUCCCGCCAAACACACUUGGCAGUGGUGUGGGGGAGUGCGUCCUGUCCUCCCUCACCCCAGGACGGCUUUAUAAGAUCCUGGUCUCCACCUUUAGUGGCCCCAACCAGCGAGCUCAGUUCAUAGAGGGACGCACAGUGCCGAGCAAAGUGAAGAACAUUCACGUGAGCAACAACGGUGAGAGCAGCAGUCUGAAGGUGAACUGGACGCCGGGCCAGGGUGACAUGGACAGCUACUCUGUGUUUCUGUACAGGCAGAGCCGACAGCUGGACGUCAGGCCUGUGCCCAAGCACCAGAAUGAGCUGAGCUUUGGCUCCCUGCAGCCUGGACAGCUCUACACCAUCACCAUCCAGUCCAUCAGCGGAGAACUGGUCAACAACAACACAGCGUACGGACGCACAGUCCCCUCGGCAGUGAUGGGCCUUCAGGUUGACAAUGGCCACACAACUUGCAGCCUGCAGGUCAGCUGGCAGGAGGCGCUGGGUGUAGCUGAUGGCUACAGCCUGCAGCUGCUGGAUGAGAGAGGCAACCUGGUGAUGAAUUCCUCCCAGCCCUCCGGACACACUGAGCACCGCUUCAACGGCCUCACCCCAGGCAAGAAGUACCGCGUCCUUGUCCAGACCACCAGCGGAGGGGUCCACAGCCUGGGGGUCACUGCUGGGGCUCGGACACGCCCUGCAGCAGUCACAGACUUGUCAAUCAAAGUCAACAGCACCACCAGCCUGUCCUUCCACUGGUCGCCACCAGAGGGGGAGUUCGAGGCUUACGACAUUUUCCUCUACAAGGGUGAUGAUACGCUGCAGGAGCGGCGCCAAGGCCAGCCCAGCACCCAGCAGUGCUCCUUCCAGGGCCUCCGACCUGGAGCUGCGUACAAGCUGAUUUUAGUAACACGUAGUGGAGAGCAGACCAAUGACUCGGCAGUGUGGGCCAGGACUGUGCCAGCAGCCGUGACGUCCCUGAAGGCCCAGAGUGGAAACCUCUCCAAUGCUCUGAAGGUGAGCUGGGACCGGGCCAGCGGCGAGCUGAGCGGCUACGUGCUCUCCCUCUACAACCCUGACGGAUCGCAACAGGCAGAGGAGAAGCUAGGGUCAGAGGUCACCGAAUUUGUCUUUCACAGCCUGGUGUCCGGACGGCUCUACCAGGCCAUGGUGCUAAGCCGCAGUGGAGAACUCACCAACAGAGUCAGCACACUUGGCAGGACCGCCCCCAGACCUCCAACCUCCUUCCUGUUUGGCGGGGUGACCAACACUUCUCUGGAGAUCACCUGGAGCGGCCCUGUUGACUCGGACUAUGAUGACUUCGACCUGCAGUGGGUCCCUCGGGACCGGCUGUCCGUCAUCAACCCCUACCACACCCGCACCUCUGGCAGCCGCAUCCUGAGGGGGAUGUAUCCGGGACGACUUUACAACUUCAGCCUUCGCUCCGUCAGCGGAGCCACAGACGCCCGGGCCACGCCCACCUACAGCCUGCCCAUCCACAAGAGCAUUCGCACCAAACCAGAGCGAGUCCACAGCCUCCACUGUCGCCCACAAAGCUCCACGUCCAUCUCCUGCUCCUGGGGCUCCCCAGAGGCCGACUACGACUCCUACACCAUUGAGUGCCUCCACCAGGAUUCCGGGACCCUGGUCUACUCCCGACGCACUGGCCGCGACUCCACCGCCUAUCUCAUCACCCAGCUGGAGCCCCACAAGCGCUACACCGUCCAUGUCAAGGUCAUCUCCGACAGCAUGACCAGCGAGGCAGCGCAGGACAGCGUGGUUACCAUGAUUGACCGCCCACCGCUGCCUCCCCUCAGCACCCGGGUCAACAACAGGGCCGCUGUGGUCUCCAAGUCCUCCAUUUACUUCCGGUUCAACUGCAGCUGGUUCAGUGACGUCAAUGGAGCAGUCAAGUUUUUCACCGUGGUAGUGACAGAGUCAGAAGACUCUGAGACCCUCCAGCCGGAGCAGCAGCACCCUCUCCCCUCCUAUGUGGACUAUAAAUCCAACAGCUCCAUCAGGUCCUACCAGACCAGCUACUUCCCCAGCCACUGUACCGAGGGCCCGGACAGUGGCUCCCAGAGCUUUGAGAUCAGUCUGGGAACUGGCAUGGACAGCCUGGGAGGCAGCUGUGACCACCAACAAGCCCAGGACAAAGACCCAGACCUGGACCCAAGUGGCUCGUUCUGUGACGGACCACUCAAACCCAAAACUGCAUACAGGCUCAGCAUUCGAGCUUUCACCCAGCUUUUUGAUGAGGACGCAAAUGGCAUCAACUCCCCUCUGUACACUGACACAUACCUGUCGCUCCCUGUGGUCACCGAGGCAGAGCCUAUGACUGGUGUGGUGGAAGGCAUCAGUGCUGGCUUGUUCCUCAUUGCCAUGAUGGUGGGAAUCGCAGCCCUGAUCAUCUGUAGACAGAAAGCUCGCAAAGUGAAUGCUGAGGAGAGACCAGCAGUCAGAAUGAGCAUGAGGAGAGAGAGACCGACCCCAGCAGUGCACAUGGGGGUCAGAGGCAACCGUCGCAUUUCAAGCCCCAUCAAGAUCACACACUUUGAGUCUCACUACAACAAACUGCAGGCCGACUCCAACUAUCUUCUAUCAGCAGAGUUUGAGGACCUGAAAGACGUUGGUCGUAACCAGCCUCUAGACACGGCUCUCCUGCCUGAGAACCGCGGCAAGAACCGAUACAACAACAUCCUUCCCUAUGACUCAACGCGGGUGAAGCUGUCCUAUGUGGAUGACGAUCCCUGCUCUGACUACAUCAACGCCAGCUACAUUCCUGGUAACAACUUCCGCCGAGAGUACAUCGCCACUCAGGGUCCUCUUCCGGGAACUAAAGACGACUUCUGGAAGAUGGUGCUGGAGCAGAACGUCCACAACAUAGUCAUGGUCACCCAGUGUGUGGAGAAAGGCAGGGUCAAGUGUGACCACUACUGGCCUUUUGACCACGAUCCUCUGUACUACGGUGACCUGAUCGUCCAGAUGCUGUCGGAGUCUGUCUUGCCUGAGUGGACAAUCCGGGAGUUCAAGAUCUGCAGUGAGGAGCAGCUGAACUAUUCCAGGCUGGUGCGACAGUUUCACUACACGGUUUGGCCAGACCAUGGCGUACCAGAGACCACACAGUCCCUCAUCCAGUUUGUCCGGACAGUUCGGGACUACAUCAACAGGACCCCUGGAUCUGGGCCCACCGUGGCCCACUGCAGUGCUGGUGUGGGGCGUACAGGGACCUUCAUCGUCCUUGACCGGGUGCUGCAGCAGCUGGACAACAAGGACACCGUGGACAUCUACGGUGCCGUCUUUGACCUGCGCCUUCACCGAUCCCACAUGGUGCAGACUGAGUGCCAGUAUGCUUACCUCCACCAGUGUGUGCGUGAUGUGCUGCGAGCCAGGAAGCUGCGAAACGAGCAGGAAAAUCUCCAUUACCCCAUCUAUGAAAAUGUGAACCCUGAAGCCCACAGAGAUAUGGUGUACACAAGACGUUAAAGAUUGUAUUGACUACUGAGGGAAAGCAAUUAUGUACUUUUAUAUGUUUAAAAUACUGAUACUGGGAUACAUGGCAAUUUUAUUUUUCUACUAAUUUUGUCUAUAUUUUCAUUACCAGAUAUUAUCAAAUAGAGAAAAUUAUAUGACUAUUUAAUUACAACAGAAUUGUAUAUACGUACAUCAUAUCUGCAUGUUUGUUUGUAUAUAUGUUGCUCUAUAUUUCUAUAAUGGCUGCAAUUUAAAUUAUGUUUUGUCAUUGUGUUUGAUAAGCUAUAAUAUUUGCACAUUAUGGCUGUGACAAAUGGCAGAAAAAAAACUGCCACUGACCAAAAAUCAUGUAUCAUCUGCCCUUCUGAAUAUGAUACUGGAGAACUGCUUCAGCAUGUUCAAGUCCACUCAGUUAACAUUUUCUGUAUCACUAGGAGCCACUUUCACAAGAUGAUUCAUAGUGACUAAAAGUGAAGCAGGCUAAAUGUGCUGCCUCUGUCUUUAGAUUCUUGCAGUAAAGAAAACUGUGCAGCAAAAUCCACAACUGUUCUCAGAAUUGAGGCAUAUGUUGCAUUGACUGAUUCCUGGGCAAAUUAUUUGCAGCUAUAUGUAAAGAGAUUCUGGAGUGUAUUUGGGAGAGAGAGAAAAGGCAUUGGUGUCAGUGUUGUAUAGCCAUGGUUAUUGUAUUAUCCAGUGGUUUAUUUAAUCAAAAUUCUGUGUAAGAUAUGAUAUUGUGUGCCCUAUGUAUUUUAUUUUGUUUUUACAACUAUUAACUGUGCUUCUUUGUGUAAGAUGAAAUUGUACACAGGAGAUCAGACCGUGUGUAAGCAAUUAAACGCCAUAGAAAAUGUA